AUGCUGAAGGGCGUGGGGGACAAGACAACCCAAACGGAGGAGGGAGACCCCGCGGGGAGCAGCCGCGCCACCUCCCCGGCGUCCAGCACACCCUCUGGCGAGGACGCAGGAGGGAAAGACUGGUUUAUUGUGGAAAAUAUAAAACUCAGAAAACAAAUAAAAAGUCUCAAGGGGGAGUAUGAAAAGGUCAACAGGAACCUCAGCAUCAGGUGCGAGCUGCUCCAAAACAAGCAGCAAAUAAUCCCGAGCGAUAACUUCUACUUACAGCUGGACAAAAUUUUGCGCAGAAAGCGAAAAGGAAAAAAGUACAAAAAUAACGCCACACAAACAGACAUAACUUUCAUGAGCCCCUUCUUCGCCAAAUGGGACAGCUACUUGGAAGACUCAGCCUUGAACAGAAUUUCCAGCGAUGGGGAUAUGGAAGUUUUAAAAAAAAAAAGAAUCACAAAAAGAGUUAGCGAGAUCAGGUACCAGUACAAGUGUGCGAAUGAGGUAUGCAGGAGGUCGGACAACCAAAGAGGAAACAAAAAUUCCCCCCAAAGGAAGUACCCCUCAUGCGGAAAAGCGCGCGCGGUGCCUCCUACUCGACCAAGCACAAACAUGUUCAAGGUACCCAAUCACGUCAUCCACAAAGACAACGUACUCUACAGCCUCUACACAGAUAACGAUUUAAUUUUCAUACGCGAAAUAUCAGAGGACCUGAUCCCCAAGGGGGGAGAAAAGAAGGAUGCAGUAGAAGGGAAACUAAUGCGCGAAGGAAAAAAUGUACAAACGGAAUCUAGUUUGUUAGAAAAUCCCACAGAAGGGGAAAGGAUAAACGACUUACUUACACAUAUGAACGAGGACGAAACAUCACAAGUGGAAGACAAUAACAGCAGCCAUGUCGUCCUCUCUCAGGAUGAGGAAAACAAACAUGAGAAUACAUGUAGCAGAACAGGGGGGGGUAAAGGGAUGAAAGAAUAUGCAGCUGAAACGUACCCAGGCAUAGCAAAAGGGGACAAGUACAACGACGUUCUUUUAAAACAUCAGAGGGGGUACACAUCCUCAGAGGGAAGUGGAACAACCUUAACAGACCCAACACACACCCCACAUGGAAGAGCUUCCCAUGCGAAAAUUUCACAAAAAGGGAGAGAAGAAGUAGCCACGACGCCAGAGGAACGUAGGCAGAGUACCGGAUUUGUCUCAUCGCGUAGAAAAAAAAAAGAAGCCCCAACCAGUUCGGAGAUGGGCGUUGCCACCAGGGCUCCCAUCUACUUGGGGGGGAUCACAACAGAACCAGAACACACAGCGGACAAUGCAACCGCUCCACAGUGUGAUGAUAAUGAUAAUAACCCCCUGUUGGCACAAAAACACAGGAAAAAGAAAAACAAACAAAUAAGACAAUGUGAUUGUUCCCCAUUGGGGACUAAAAUGGAGACACGAAUGGAGCCUUCCGAAUGGAACAACCCCCUUAGGGGUGAAGCGCAACGUAAUAGUGACACGCCCUGGAGGAGGAAAACCUCCUACCCUUUUGUAAAAUUUGAUGCAGAUUCGUACAGCGCAGAACAGACAUGCCCAGCACAUGGGGAGGCAACCCCUAAAAUGGGAAUCCUCCCUCUUCCCCUCUGGGAUGCAAAACACAGAGGAACUACCCAUCCUCUUGAGGGGCGUCACCAUAACAUCUCACUUAGCGAUGCGGAAAAAAAGAGUGCCAAAGAAAUACGAAAAAUUUACUUGGACCAUAAGAAGCGGGCCUUCCUCUUCUACAUGUGA